AUGGAUGCUCCUAGACAUUACACCUGUUUCACAGGACCUCCUGCUCUCCUCCGAGGGGGUCCGCAACCGGCGGGAUUUGAUACCAAGUUCAGCGAGCUACACCCGGACAGCCAGAAGAUUCUGACGCACAUAGAGAGCAAGCUAUUGGAGCUGCGAGCGGAGAGCCAGAGGCUGGGGCAAUCCAGUCGGCUGCAUGAUGGCUCACAGUUGGCGGACAACCCGUUUGAGCGGCAGGCAGCUAGAGUCAGCCAGCCUCUCCCGAGUAGCAUCAAGGGUGGACAUGGAGAGAGCAUCGCUGCACCACAUGCUGCACACGGCGCAGCACCUGCUGCACCACAGCCUUCCCUGCUGCUGACCUCGCUGUGCAUUUCCCCCUCUCUACCCCUCCCUUUCCGCCCUUCAGAGCCUCUCACAAGUAGCAUCAAGGGUGGACACGGAGAGAGCAUCGCUGCAUCACAUGCUGCACACAGCGCAGCACCUGCUGCACCACAGCGACCUGGCAGGCAAGCAGACAUCUACCGGGGAACCCCCUGCCUGCCAUCACCCUUCCUCAUCGACACAGUCGCUCGCUUUGAAGUCAAAAUAACAGAGUACCGCCACAAGCUCACCGAGCUCCAGGCCGCCAUCGAACCAGCCCUGGCAGAAUCCAGGUUCGGCACGGGAUACUCCCGAGCCGCAUCGGCAGCUUCGGCGGCAGCAGCGGUCGAGGCUCUCCCCGUGAUUAUAAAGAACCUGCACGAGUUUUUUAUCCACGUGGCUGCUCAGGUGGAGAGGGUACAUGAGAGGGUGGACGCAGCAAGGAGUGCGUUUCUGGCGGAGAGGCGGAGGAGGGGCGAUAGGAGCAAUCCGUUUGCAGAGGCGGACCGGAUCGAAGCUGCUGCUGCUGCCAGUAAGAAACCGUCUCUGCUUGGCUCUGCCGCUGGCAUUGGUACUGGUGCCGCUGGUGCUGCCGGUGCUGCUGGUGGCGGUGCUGCUGGCGCCACUGGUGCUGCUGGUACAGGCAGUGGGAUCCUCUCCUCUCCGCUCUCCCUCCUACCCGGAACCACCACUCCCGGAACCACCACUCCCGGAACCUCCUCCCCUUUCCUCUCAAACCCUACUGGCGGACUCUUCCCUUCCUCCGCCUCCACCACACCAUCCCUUUUCGGUUCCACCACCCCAGCCACCACCACCAACCCCGGCCUCUCCCUCUUUGGCACUCCCCCCGCCUCUGCCGCAGCCGGCAGCUCCCCAGGCACCUCUCUCUUUGGCACCACCACCCCGUCACUCUUCGGCAGUACCACUCCUGGUGCUGCUGCUGCUGCGUCCGCCCCUGCUCUCUCGUUCGGCAACCCUGCCACAGCUGCCACGGGAACCACAUCUCUCUUCGGCACUCCGAACCCAUUAGCAGCAGGCUCGUCCCCCGGCUCGUCUCUCUUUGGGAACACCUCUGCUUUCGGUGGUGCGUCGGCCUUUGGAGCAACCCCAGCAGCAGCAGGAGCAGCAGCAAGCACCCCGUCGCUGUUUGGGUCCCCGGCUGGGCCCACAACCGGGGGUCUUUUCGGAGCGACACCAGCAGCAGCGUCUCCUUUCGGUGCUCCCGCUGCUUCGCCCUUCGGUGCUGCUGGUGCCUCGCCGUCGCCUUUUGGAGCAGCAGCAACGGCGCCUGCGACAUCCCUGUUUGGUGCUCCUGCUGCGGGUGCUGCUGCUGGGUCUGGUGGCUUGUUUGGUGCUCCUGCCACUCCAACACUUCAGCCAGCUGCCCCGAUGCCGUUUGGGUUUGGCAACACUGCUCAAACAACUACUACCCAUCUGAAGCUUCUCACGUUCCUGGUGACGAAUCUGGUGGUUCUGAUGCUCUCUGCUCGGAUUCUUAGCUCUCACCCGCUCGUCGUGAAACGCGCUGCGCGCCGCUUCGGGUUAUUACCAAAGACCGUCGUUUUCCUUUACCACGUGAAGAAGGACAAUAUCGUGUCGAUUACUGUAGACGGCGACAAGGUGUCGUUCGUUCUGCGACGCCCUGAAUUCUCACGAGGGCACAAAGCGACGGAGUUACAACCCAUGAUUCGCCAGGUGGAAAAAAUAGCAGAGAGCAAGUGGAAGGAGGCGGGGGAAGCUUCCGGGAAAAAGGUGGGGAAGAUGCCACCUGUCCAGGUGCAGCUGUCUACAGUGAAGCCUGCUGACGUGGCGGUUCCGUACGCGGAGCUGAUGUCACGCCACGUGGAGUUUGGUGCUCCGGAUAAGGCGUCGUUCAAACUCGUGAACACCAUCUCGUCCACUCUGUUAUACGCGGGGAUAGCGGCGGUUGUGCUCUCGCGCCUGCAGAUGAAGCUCCCGCAGUUUGGGGGUAAGGCGCGCAGUCAGAAGGGCAAGGCGCCGCCAGUGCUGUUUGCUGACGUGGCAGGGGUGGAUGAGGCGAAAGAGGAAUUGGAGGAGAUCGUGGAGUACCUACGCACGCCCGAACGUUUCACUCGACUGGGAGCUCGACCCCCCAGAGGAGUGCUGCUGGUUGGGCCGCCAGGCACGGGAAAGACGAUGCUGGCCAAGGCAGUGGCAGGAGAGGCAGACGUACCCUUUAUAAGCUGCAGCGGUAGCGAGUUUGUGGAGCUGUAUGUGGGCCUGGGGGCGUCGCGAGUGAGAGAGUUGUUCGCCCAGGCGAAGAAGGACUCACCCUCUAUCGUGUUUAUUGAUGAGAUCGAUGCAGUGGCCAAGGUGCGAGAUGGGCGCAUGCGCAGCGUGGGCAACGACGAGAGGGAGCAGACCUUGAACCAGCUGCUCACGGAGAUGGACGGGUUUGACAGCAGCACGGCGGUGAUCGUCCUCGCAGCCACCAACAGAGCAGACGUCAUCGACCCCGCCCUGCGCCGCCCGGGGCGCUUCGAUCGAAUCGUAGCGGUGGAGCCUCCGGAUCGCAAGGGGCGGGAGGCCAUACUGACGGUGCAUGUGGAGCAGAAAGAGCUGCCUCUGAGCAGCGAUGUGGACAUUCAGGAAAUCGCUGUCGCCACCAGCGGGUUCACUGGGGCUGAUCUGGCCAAUCUGGUGAAUGAGGCAGCGCUGCUGGCAGCAAGGAGGGACCACGAGGAGGUCACGAGGCAGGACUUCGACAGCGCUGUUGAACGGGCUCUUGCUGGAAUUGAAAAGAAACGGUCGGCUCUUGGUCGGGCAGAAAAAGCCGUGGUAGCACGGCACGAAGCAGGCCAUGCACUGCUGGGGGCAGCCAUUGCGAAAGUCUUACCUGACCAGCGGGUAGUCCAAAAAAUCUCCAUUGUACCCCGAUCGGGCGGCGCGCUAGGAUUCGCCUACAUGCCGCCCCCAGCGGACGGCGAGGAGCGUCUUCUAGUGUUCGUGGACGAGCUCCGGGGCCAGCUCGCCGUCCUUCUCGGGGGCCGGGCGGCAGAAGACGUCUGUUUUGGCGGGAGAAUCUCUACAGGAGCGGUGGACGAUAUUCGUCGCGCUACAGACGUGGCCUACAAGGCUGUAGCGGAAUAUGGGCUGAGUGGGACCAUAGGGCCGAUGCUGUCAGAUCAGGUGCAGGAUGAGGUUCAGCAGCUGCUGCAAGAGGCUCUAGAGGUGGCGCGGGCGGUUCUGGUGUGCAAUAGAGGAUUGCUGGAAGACCUGGGAAGGACGCUGCAAGAUAAUGAAACAGUGGAAGGAGCAGCUCUGAGCACUUGGCUUGCGCAAGUUGGGGUGCCGCCGCUGCUUAGAACAUUUGUGUACGGGCGGACAGUGGACCUGCCCCUGCUCCCAGCCGAGAGCAGUGAAGAGGAUGCAUGA